UAGAAAAAGACGUUCAGUUGAUAUUAUAACUAUUACAAUGGAACGUUGGCAAAAUCGUGUUGCUGUAGUUACUGGUGCAAGUUCGGGAAUAGGUGCAGCUAUUGUCAAGGAUUUAGCCAAGGCUGGUCUUAUUGUUGUAGGACUCGCACGAAGGGUCGAAAAAGUUGAAGAAUUAAAAAAAGGAUUAACCAAAGAAGAACAAAAACGAAUUCAUGCUGUCAAGUGUGAUGUUUCUAAUGAAAGUUCAGUGAAUUCUGCAUUUCAAUGGAUAACCAAGUCAUUGGGUGGAAUUGAUAUAUUAGUUAAUAAUGCUGGCAUGUUGAGUCCUGGCAAAUUGUCCACAAUGGAUAUUUCAAAAGUUCGUCAAGUGAUUGAUACAAAUGUUGUGGGUGUGGUACAUUGUACACAACAUGCUUUCAAAAGUAUGAAAGAGCGUAAUUUCGAUGGACAUAUUUUGAUUAUAAAUAGUAUUGUGGGACACAAAGUUCCAGUAAUGCCAACUGAAGUUGAAAUGAAUAUUUAUCCUCCAACAAAAUAUGCAAUUACUGCUAUAACAGAAAUCUAUCGACAGGAGUUUAAAGGACUAGGGACGAAAAUUAAAAUCACCAGCAUUAGCCCAGGAUUGGUUGACACAGAAAUCGUAAACGACGAAUUAAAAAAUAGUUUUGGAGAUUGCAUUCUUAGAUCAGAAGAUAUUUCAAGUGGAGUUAUGUACGCAAUAUCGACUCCACCCCACGUUCAAGUGCAUGAAUUGACAAUUAAGCCAGUUGGAGAAUCUAUGUGAUUAAA